GGCAAGAUAUCGAUAAAUUUUAGCCCAAAAAGAAGCCCAAACAUUUCGGAAAAGACAUUUUUGUAUUAAAACUCUUUUGUUAAGUGAUAAUUAGUAGCGGCACAGGAAAACAUGGCCAACGUGGAGUCUAUGAUUGUGGAGGAUAAGACCCAGGUCAAACAGAUUGACCGCGAGAAGACCUGCCCUCUGCUGCUCCGCGUGUUCUGCUCCACUGGUCGCCACCACUCCGUUCAAGAAUACACCUUUGGCAACGUGCCCACCAACGAGCUGCAGAUCUACACCUGGCAGGACGCCACCCUUCACGAACUAACCUCCCUGGUGCGUGACGUCAAUCCGGAUACGAGGAAGAAGGGCACCUACUUCGACUUUGCCGUGGUGUAUCCCAACUUCCGGAACAAUCACUUCCAGAUGCGCGAAAUCGGAGUGACCUGCACGGGCCAGAAAGGAAUCGAUGAUAACAAGACCCUUGCCCAGGCCAAAUUCUGCAUCGGAGACUUCCUGGACAUCUCCAUAACGCCGCCCAACCGACUGCCACCCGCCGCCAGGCGCCAGCGACCCUACUGAUGAUGGAUGCCUUAAUAAUCUAUUCUAAUCGUAUUUAAUCUUUCACUUGACACUCGAUGGAGUAUGGACAUAAUUAUAAACGGAAUACAAGUAA